GCUGGUGGCUCAUCAUCUCCUGUUGACACAGUGGAGAAGGUGUGCAGUGUCGCUCAGUUUACACAGACACCAAUUGCUGAGUGGACGCUCAGUGGAGUCGGGAGGAGUGGACUGGACUGUAAUUCUCACGAUGGAGAAUGGAGAUGACAGCAGUGUCCGGUUCCGCCACCGAACCUUUCCCAAAAAGCCCACCUCCUCUGACCCGGAUAGCCCAGUGAAUGGCGAGUGUAGCCGAGGAGGGGAACACAAUCAGUCCACUGGAGACAGUCACAUCAGCAGCAAUGGGGGAAUUGAGGUGGAGCAUAUGAUCAGCAAGAAGCUACAACUGAAAAGAAAAGCAGAGUACCUGACAAAAGACCUGAUGCGUGAGUUUAACAACCAGGUCAAUGACUUCCUGGACAGUCUUAUCGAGGAGUCGGCUAGGCUGGAGCCUGCACCCAUGCCUGCUGUCUUCUCAUCCCCUCUGUCAGACAAGGAGAGGAGCAUACUCGGGCAUUUCGCACCUCCUCAUGGCCAGGGCAAACAUUUUGUCAACCGCAGGUCCCUCCUUGACGAUCUCUUUGAGGUGAACCACAUCCAGACCAUCUACCACAUGUUUAUUGCCCUGCUCAUUCUCUUCAUCCUCAGUACACUAGUGGUUGAUUUCAUAGAUGAAGGCAGACUGGUGCUAGAUUUCGACUUGCUGGUCUACGCAUUUGGACAGUUCCCUCUUGUAGUGUGCACAUGGAUCUUUAUGUUCCUGUCUGUUUUAGUGGUUCCCUAUCCCCUGUUCAAGCUAUGGACACGGACCCAGUCUGGCUCUUUCAGUCACCACAGGCUUUACAGCUUUUUGUUUGGCUCCAUGUUCCUUCUCUACCAAUCUUUGGGCCUUGGUUUUCUACCCACAUAUCUGGUGGUAGUCAACAGUUUGCCCCCAGCCUCGUGCUUCAUUGUCAUCUUGGAACAGGUGAGACUCGUGAUGAAAGCGCACUCCUUUGUAAGAGAAAAUGUACCCAGAGUCCUGGCCUGGGCUAAAGACAAGUCCAGCCCAGGCCCAGUGGUCCCUCAUGUUUCUCAGUAUCUUUACUUUUUGUUUGCACCCACACUUAUCUACAGAGAUAGAUACCCAAGGAAUCCAAUGAUCAGAUGGGGCUAUGUGGCCACAAAGUUACUACAAGUCUUGGGCUGUCUGUUUUAUGCAUACUAUGUGUUUGUGCGGCUCUGCAUCCCUCAGUUCCGCAGCAUCAGUCUUCAGUUUUUUGACCUGAGGGCCAUGGUCCUGGGUGUCUUUAACUCCAUUCUGCCUGGAGUGUUGGUUCUUUUCCUGGGGUUCUUUGCCUUCCUCCACUGUUGGCUGAACGCAUUUGCAGAGAUGCUUCGUUUCGGUGAUAGGAUGUUCUAUAAGGAUUGGUGGAACUCAACAUCUUUUGCCAACUACUACCGUACUUGGAAUGUAGUCGUUCAUGACUGGCUGUUUCACUAUGUGUAUAGAGACUUCCUAUGGAUCUCCCAGAAGCGCUUCCGAACAGCAGCCAUGCUGUUUGUAUUUACACUGUCUGCAGUCGUCCACGAGUACAUCCUGGCAAUCUGCUUCGGCUUCUUCUAUCCAGUCCUCUUCUGCCUGUUUAUGUGCUUCGGAAUGAUGUUUAACUUCAUCCUUCACGACCAAAGGAAAGGUCCCAUCUGGAACAUAAUCAUGUGGACGUCCCUCUUCUUGGGUCACGGUCUCAUCAUCUGUUUGUACUCUCAGGAGUGGUAUGCGCAGCGCUAUUGUCCCCUGAAAGAGCCUUCCUUUCUUGAGUUACUGAAGCCUCGGUCAUGGACCUGCAAGAAAAGUAUGAUGACCAACUAAUAGGCUGUGACCCAGACAGCACCUGUGACACAUUGACCAUCUUUUCUGUUACUGUCCCAACUUUUGCUGUCUGGUGUUUAUUUUAGUUUAUUGCACUACAGUCACUACUGAUUUGUCAUAACAAUGUAUGGAAGAGAUUUGAUAAGACAAAAUGUUCUUUAGUCCCAAACAAAACUGAUGCCUUUUUUUUUUUUUGGGUGUUCAAAAUGCAUCCAGGAAGAAGUACUGCAAGCUAAUAUGAUAUUUUAUGUGUGUCCACUAUUUUACACAUCUUUCCCAAUCCGUUUGACUUGAUCUACUGUGAGGUUACGCCUUAUGGCAGUAUGAGAGUGGCAUUUGUCAUCGUGGCAGUCAUUGACACAUGCAAUAAUCGUUAAUAUUUAACAAAGCCAGCAAUUGCAUCCCUGUCGUAAAGGUCAUUUUGUUUGUUUGGCAUUCCACAUUCUGAGGUGCUUGGUUUCUUGGAUCAUUCAAACUAUAUUUGAAAAAGAAAUAUCAACUGUACAUAAUGGCAAUAUAUUGUGUAUCAACUCAAUGUAUUCUGUGUCACUCGAACUGACUUGGCCAUACAUUGAACUUUAACUAGACGAAAAUUAUGAAAUUUGAUCCUUCACGUGAGCUUUAUCUAAAUAUGUGCACUAUUUUCAGCGAUGUGGCUGCAGUCUGUCAGAAUGUUUAAACACUGGAACAAUAUUGAUUGUUAUUCAGUAGUAAGGGCUAAUUUACACAAAUGAGCCCUUUGAAUGAAAUGUUCCAUUUGGGCAAGCUCUGUUUUUUUCCUCUUGAAUUUGCUAUCAGAGUUGACAUUUUCUCAAGCACGUUUUAUGUUGCCAAUUGUAAUGGAUUUCAAUGCGAGGAGGACGUAUGUAACUAAAUGGGAGAUUCUCUAGUCAGUCUUAAAAAAAGCAAUGCAAGCCUUGUUGACCUUUAUAUGAACACAAGGUGGCACUGUAUUAAAGGUUGGUUUGGAACUUA